UAGGGGAAAUAGAUACGAAGAAGAAAGACAUAGCAGACACUCAACCUAGGUGAAAGAAACAGAAGCUUCGCCCACCACCGCGCCACCGCCUUGCUUCCCGCCGCAGCACUGUCAUUUUUCAGGUUUAUUAAACCGAGUUAUCCGGUUUGGUCGGUUCGACCAAUGAACCAGUGGUUCGACCGAUGAACCAAUGAACCAGUACCCUCUCCGGUUUGAUGACCGCUUUCCAAUUUGGAAAUCUGGUUCCAGAGGUCAAAAGACAUUGUAAGAAAAUUGUUAUUCGGUGAUCUUGACCUUGGUAUUGUGGGACUCGAUAUAGUCAGUGAAUUUGACCAGGAAUGAAUCGUUUGAAAGAAUCUGGUUUGCCUCAACGGAAACGACAAAAGGUGUCUGAACCGGUGUUGACAGAUGAAGAGCGUUUACUCUUUAACCUCAUUCGUAGCAGGGAAAACAUAGGGAUAUGGACUGGAGACAUGAAAAGAGAAACAAAUCUUCCUACUACUGUGGUCAAUAAAUCCCUGAAGACACUUAUAGCCAAGAAUAUGAUAAAGGAAGUUACUACUAUUCAAAACAAAGGUAGAAAACACUACAUGGCAAAAGAGUUUAUGCCUUCCGAGGAAAUCACUGGUGGUCAUUUUUAUAGUGAUGGGAAACUUGAUAUCGAUUAUAUAAACAGUUUAAAAGAUGUGUGCUUGAAAUGCAUUUUCAUGCAGAAAAUUUCCACAUGUGAUGGAUGUGUGGAGUGGAUUAAAAGGAUUGGAGUCUUUAAUACUGAAGUUACAACAAAACAAAUGGAAGAGAUUUUGCAAACUUUGGUUUUGGAUGAUGAGAUCACGCAGAUGAUAAGUACUGGACUUGGGGAAUUUUCAUCUAUUCCUGUUGGCAAAACUUGUUACAUGAGCAAAAGCAAAGGAGGAGUUAGAGGGGAAAAGAAGACUGCUGACUUGACUUCCAUUCCAUGUUUUUCUUGUCAAAGAAUGAGCUUUUGUUCACCAGAUGGCACUAUCUCUCCAGCAACAUGUGUCUAUUAUCAGAAAUGGUUAGAUUUCUGAAAUGACUGGAUUACUAGUUUGUUUUUUUAUGACUCUCCAAGUUUUGACUCUCGUACAACACUUAUUGUAGUUUUUUUUUCUUCUCUUUUUAACUUUAUUGCUCAAUAUAUUAAGUUCCUUCCGCAUUAAAAUAGUUGACUCAGCUGGUUUAAAAGUUUUGCAAAAUGAUUUGCACAGUUAGAAAAAAUAUCGGUUGGUUGUCAUCGUUAUCACUUAAUGAGAAUCACUCCUAUUUGGUGAAUCCAUUUGUGUUUUGCUUAUGCACAUUCAACAUGCCGGGCAAGUUUAUUGAAAUGUAUGUUGCAAAUAAUUUUUUUCUGGUUAUUUUUUUUUGGUUGUUUCUUAAGAAUCAUACAAUGGAAUGUUAUAUUUGGUGUACUUUUUUUUUAAUUAAAUUAUGUGAUUCCUAGUCCUGUAUAAAUGGUUUGAGGUUGUGACCUGCUUAACUAUUAUGGUAUAUUUUGGAGUACUUUUUUCCGAAAUAUCUUAAUUGAAUCAUUAUUGUCUCCAACUUCCAAGGUCCUGUAUAAAUGGUUUGAGGUUGUGACCUGCUUAACUAUUGCUUAGUAAAUUUGGUAUUUAGUAUUUUCAAUAUGGUAAUAAAGUUGUGUUGGAUCGAUUGUUGCAGUUGAAUUUUUCUACAAUUUAUCGGAACUUUGUCUAAACCAAAGUAUAAUAGUAACUUAAUUCAAAACAAGAUGCCCCUGCAGGAUUUUUCAAUAUGUCUUUUCUUACAGAUUUCAAUAAGUCUAUGUAUUAUAAUAAUUUGUUUGUGUGGCUUGAUAGUAUUCAAUAUAAAAGAUUUGCAUUCAGUAAAUUACUAUUUUUCGUUGUAGGCACUGACUUUACGUAUAGAUGUUAAAACAUUUUUCACGUUUUCGGAAUUUUCUUUUUAAGAAAUGGUUGGAAUAGCACAUUGUUGCCAAUUUUUAUGGGCAGGUGAGUAAUGAAUAUGUGUGAGGACUUGUAUAGGAUUUAACAUUUUUAUUGUUUGAGCAUGGUUUUAAUUAUAGGUGUAAAAAAUAAGACAAUUUAUUUUCUCACCCCAAAUACCCCAAUGUGUGAAUUACUGAAUUACAUCUCUGAAAAUUAAAAAAUACUUUCAGGA